AUGGCUUACAAUCUUCAACCACUCAUCACCAUUCUUGAAGGAAUCCUUGAUCCUCACCAACCACGAUGGAUUGUUGAUGAAAACAACCCACAACUCCAAUCCCUCUUCGAUAAAGUUACUUUUCUUCAAAAGCUCCUUGAUAGUAAGUCUUCAUUCCCCAAACUAGACAGCAAAAUCAGAGAAGUAGUACAUGAAGCUGAAGACAUCCUUGAAUCCCACAUGGUUGAUUGUAUGCUCUCUGGAUCAGAUUGUGUGAGGUUCACUCUUUCCACACCAGAUCUGCAGCAAGUAAGACGAGAUCUUGAUUCUCUGAUGGAGCAAGCAGAGAAGCUGUUGGAGAUGGGGGAUGAGAAGAUGCUGCGAGAGCUUGAUUCUGCUAUGGAACAACUGAAGCUUGUGGAUAAGAAGAUGCCGUCUAGUAGUUCAUCCAGUUCCAAGAGUGCUGUGGUGGUGGGAAUUGAUGAAGAUCUGAUGCAACUCAAAGAUCGGCUGAUCGGUCAGCAGCAGAAGAAGCUGGAGAUCGUCCCCAUCGUUGAUCUUUUGAUUGUUGAUCACUUUGCAUAUCGUGCUUGGGCCACUAUCUCACAAGAUUACAAUACGCGGCAAAUUCUCAAAAGCCUUCUUCGUUGCAUAACUGGAAAAGAAUGUGAUAAUCAUACUGAUGAGUUAAAAGAUAUGUUGUAUAAGAGCCUGUUCGGUAGAAAAUACUUGAUUGUGUUAGAUGAUAUAUGGAGUACGAGAUUCUGGGAUGAGAUGAAGAUGUACUUCCCAGGCAACAACAAUGGAAGUCGCAUUGUGAUUACCACUAGGGAAUCCAAUGUGGCGAACCAUGCUGACUCUUCGAGAUCGCAGCAUCAAGUGCAACUGCUUAGCGAGUCUGAAAGUUGGAAUCUACUUCACCAACUUGUGUUUGGAGAAGAGGAGUGCCCUCUUGUUUUACAAGAGAUUGGUCGAAAGAUCGCCAAGGAUUGCGGUGGGCUUCCUCUAGCCAUCAGUGUGAUUGGAGGGUUACUAUCUAAGAUGGAAAGAUCAGAAAAUGUUUGGAGGAAAAUUGGGGACAAUGUUGUAGCAGCAAUUUCUGGAUCAGACGAGCGAUGCUAUAGUAUAUUGUCUUUAAGUUAUAACCACUUGCCAAAUCACUUGAAGCCAUGUUUCUUAUACAUGGGAGCUUUCCCUGAAGACUAUGUGAUUAGUGGACCCAGACUCGUACAAUUGUGGGUUGCAGAAGGAUUUGUAAAAUCGAACGGGGAAAGAUGUUUGGAGGAAGAGGCUGAGGAUUGGCUAAAGUCUCUAGUAGAGAGAAAUCUAUUUAUGGUUAACGACUAUAUAAUUAUAUGCAUUGAUUUUUGGAGUGAUGAGUUUCCAUCUGAUGCAUUUUUUGCGGCAAGAUUGCUAAGGGUGUUGGACUUAAGGGAUAUGCGUUUCUCUACUUUCCCAGCCGAAAUAUUUGAAUUUGUCAACCUACGCUUCUUAGGUGUCUACUGCUAUUCAAAUCUACCGAGAGGAAUAUCAAGAUUGUGGAAUUUGCAAACCUUGAUUGCUCCUAAUUCCAAGUUUGAUGAGCCAGCUGAGCUAUGGAAGCUCUCUGAGUUAAGACAUCUCAAAGUGAAUGGAAUUGAGUUGUUAAAAGAUGAGGCAAUGAACUUAUAG